AUGUUUAAAAUCCCAAUAUAUUGUCUAAAAUGUCUGAGUACAAGUAGAUAGCGUUAAGCAGAAGGAUUAUGUUAAUCAUUAAAAGAAGAUCUUAUUGUCCAAUUGAAAUAAUUGAUCUAAUAAUAAAAUACUUCUUCAAAGAAAUUGAUAGAGGAAGCCAAAAAAAUAGAAAAAGAGCAUUUAUUUCUCAAUUCUGAACACAAAAGAUAUUUUUCAGAUUACAAACAAAGAAAGAGAGAAUAUGAAUAAAAUGCAACCGUGAUGGUUGUCUAUAAUCUUCUAUCAGAAUAUCCAGAUAAGAAGAGACUCAGUUAAAACUAAAAAGUCUCCUAAGUAACAAAGGAAUCAUAAGAAAUGGAAUAAAGAUAUAAACAAUCAGUUGCCGAUUACAAUACCAAUUGUGACACAGCUAAAACUAGAAUCCAAACAAUUCUGACUCAGAUGUAAGAAUAAGAAGAAAAAAGAAUUACAGUCUUCAAAGACACUCUAAUUAGAUAAAUUAUUUUUGAAGUCUCUCAUUCUAAAAAUGUGUAGUAUGAUUUAGACAAAAUUAAUGAGAAAACAGAUGAGAUACAUCCUGAAGAAGAAGUUCAGAAAUUCGCCUAAACUUAGAAAUUGGAGAAUCCUCCUCUUUUCGAAAAAACAGAAUUGAUUCAAUUGAAUUCCUUUAUUAGCAACAGUUUACAAAAGUUCUUCUCUAAAGAAUUUGAUGAAAUACUAUAAUUGAAUAACGAUCCAAAAGUUAAAGAAGUCAUUUCACUAGUAGAAUAGGGAGGGACUUUCUAAUCAGAAGAUCAGAAACUAGAAAAUGCCUAUUAUGCAUCCAAAAUUGUAUCUGACUGUUGGAAAGAAGAAUUAGUUGACACAGAAAUAUUUAAUUAAUUUAAAAAAAAGAUUUAAGAAGAUUAUCAAUUGAGAAAGUUAGUAAUCAUUGCUUUGCAAUAUAAAAGAUCAACUUCUAAAUUUAGACUUGGACCUAAUGGAUUUUAAAAUGCUGUUAACCUGUUUAACUCAGUAUUAGAAAUAUGUUUGGAUACUUUUGAUGCUGGAACUUCAAGAUAAUUGAUGAAUUUAUCAUUCACAUUCCAUAAGGAAAAUAUUGAAAAUGGUAAAUUAUAGAGUUAUUUUAUUUAAAAUGACUUUUCUAAGCUUUAAGUUUGGGAAAAUAGAGAUUUGUGGGAAACUAGUAUAAUCUAAUAAAUUUAUGAAUAAAUUAAAGAGUAAUAAUAAAGAUAAAAGUCCUUGACUCUAUUUGAUUAGAUUCAAACAGAAAAGAAUAUGAUCUUAACUAUCCUUACAUAAAUGGCACAAAAUAUGCUUCUAUUUAAUUUUAAGUUUGGAGCAAUUAAAGACAUUAUGUAUAAAUUUAUGGCCUUUUUUGAAUUAAAUGAAGAGAUAUCCUCUGAUUUAUUUAAUGCAAUUGAAGGUUUUGAGAAAUAGAAACAGUUGAAGGAUUAAUAAGAAAAAUAGAUUCAACUUUAAUAAUAAUAAUAAGAAUAGAACUAACCAGCAGAUUAGGAAUAGCAGUAGUAACCACCAUAAUAACCCUAAUAAUAAUAAAAUAUGAUGGGAAAAAUAAGUUCAUUUUUCUCGCAAUUAAAUAAGGAUUGA